AUCUUCUCUUGUAUCAAGGUUAGGCCUGAUACACGAACUACAGUUCUGACACGAAUGUAUUUGUGUUCCACGAAGGUCACUUUUUUAGUACACUAUCGAAUUGAUAGUUUGUGAUAUUAGCUGUUACUUGAAGAGUAAGGUGUCAUUUUCACGAUUCGGAUUGUUCCUAUGAUAUUAGUUUCACUUUUCUGUCUCUUGAAGUGAUGGAUAUUAAUGUCAAGAAUCAAAUAUUACUUCCAAGUUGGUGUUUGUGAAGUGCAUUGAAGUGUCUGUUUUUUCAUAAACGAGACGUAUUUGUUUUUUCUCAUAAAGGUGUCUAUUUUUUCUCAUGAACGUGUUCAUUUUCCCUUGAACGGGUUUGUAUCUCUCAUAAAAUACGUGUUAUUUCAAUAAAAACUUGUUCGACUCUUCUUAUUUGACAAUCAGUUGAAUUUGCGUGGUGGAGUAUUUGACAGUUUCCUUUGAAAAUGCAUAUAACCAAAGGAGAGCGCACAUCGUCUCGUAAAAGAAAGAUGAGGUCGGCGGAGAUGUUGUCUGGUUCGGAGAGCAGCUGCCGGACGCCAGAGCUGUGGCAUGCCGACGACGAGGACAUCGAAGUGGAGGUAGCCGCUUCUGACGAUGACUCACACUCAAAAAUCAACGGACGAGUAGACGCAGACUGUUCGGAUAGUUCGGGAAGCGAGGGUCCCAACUCCAGUUCGUCGCGGAAGUGUUCGCGCGCCAAACGGAAAUGCCUGCUCGGCGCGAACAGUGCUCGUCGACGCAAAUCGGGGCUCUCGGCCAGAGAGAGAAACCUGCGCCGACUGGAGAGCAACGAGAGAGAGAGAAUGAGAAUGCACUCGCUCAAUGAUGCCUUUGAGCAACUCAGAGAAGUGAUACCCCAUGUGAAAAUGGAACGAAAACUUUCAAAAAUUGAAACCCUUACAUUAGCCAAGAACUAUAUUAUGGCACUUACCAAUGUGAUAUGUGAAAUGAGAGGCGAUGAAAAACCUUAUACAUUUCUGGACGUGGACUGUAGCAGCAGCGGAGGCGACGACCUUGAAUCGAACAACAACUCAAUGUUUCAGGAAAAUCUGGAAAAUUCUUCAUCAGCCAGUAUCACGUAGCAAUAAAUUAGUACUUUUAUGUGAACUGACACCAAGUCGAGAUUAACCGAAAUUUAUAACAAGUUACUUGCCUUCUUCCAUACUGUCGCUAAUUGUUUAGUUAAAUUUUUUGUUUCCAUCAUUAUUUGUAGCGUUUUAAGAAAUGAAACUUGAAUUAUUUUCAUUGAUGGGUGAAUCAAAAAGCUCUAGUAAAGACGUUUCAUAUGAUGAAAUUAAAGUAGGGUUUUUGGAAGUUCUCAAUUUUAUAGUGAAAAAUUCAAUGUGGAAAAAAUAUCUUCAUUAAUAUAUUAUUAUAGUUUUAUUUUAAAAGAGCAAUGAGAAGGGUGCGAGUCUUCCGAUUGUAAUCAAUUUAUAUUUUUUUUAAAUUCUUAUUGAAUUAGAACUCUACUGAGUUGAGCCAACCUUUCAGAGCCUCGUCAAUUGGAAUUUUGAAUCUUUCUCACAUUAUCCCUGAUUCAUUAAUUUUUCAAACUAUCUUGUAUUUUAUCAAGUCAAAAACGAGCAAAAAAAACAUUAAGUUUAGCAUGAAAGUUUGAAUUGAAAAAUGAUAAAUAGGUAGCUAGUGGUUGUAAGCAAUCACUAAGUUGUGAAUGGUUGUUAAUGCCCUCUCUGUGAUAAAACGUUUUUAGAAAUGAGGAGUAUAUUGUUCAUUUGAUGAAAGUAGAAAAAGUAAUUUUAGCUGUCUUGAUUUAUAGGACUGCUCAAUUUUAGGCUCUGAAAAUUCAAGCUUUCUGCUAUAUUUUUGUAAGUUUUCUUUGAAAUUUUCGUUUUGAAAUCUCUAGAGAUAUCAACAUAUUACUCAAAAAGUAAUUAACAAUGAUUAUUUUUGUUCUAAUUAAUUGUAUGAACAGCUUAUAAUGUGAAUGGGACUCAAUUUAUGAGGAUAAAAAUGAACAUCGAUCUCUUGGGAACCUCAGUUAAUGUUUUGUGUAAAAUGCAACCCAACUACAGAAUGCCAAACCCAGCACUGCCAUCAAUUAACUGAGGUUUCUUUCUAGUCUUACUUUACUACUUAGUCCCAUUCUAUAGAAACCCAUUGUUCUUUGUUGAAAAAAUCAAAUAAAAUAAAUAAAAAUUGAAGAACAUGUUUUCAAUAGCGCUGUUGCUGUUGUAUGACUUGAGUUCUAAAUCUUUUUAGUUCUCAAACAUUUCAAAAUUUAAUUUUCCACUGUUGGAAAAUUGUUUGGAAAAUGUUAGAAAACUAAGAAGUUUCAAUAUUCAAGUUCAGACAGUUUUCAAAAAAUGUUUCUUAUUAAAUUGAAAAAUGUUUAUUCAUUUGUUACUAAAAUUUAAGUUAUCUAAAAAAUGUAUUGUGAGAUAGUUUAUAGGAGAUUCUAAACCACCUGAAUCUUUUCUGAUAAAAUAAUAAAAAAUAAAUAUAAGUAACAAUAAUAACUAUCUACGUAAUUGUAAUUUCAUCUAUUCAUUUAGACGGAAAAUCUUACAACCCAACUUCAUUAGAAUGGAAAAGGUACCGUAAUUCUUAGAAAAAGGUUGUACUUUUUUGAAAGUGAGUAGUAGCCUAAUUCUUUACAAAAAGAAUUGUACCUCCUUUGAUCAAGUUUGUCUUUCAAUAAUUCGACUUGAAUAUUUUUCCCAGAGCAGAGAAAUUUCUAUAAAAUAAUUCGAGAUUUUAGUUUUAUGAAUUUUGCACGUCACUAAUGAAAUAAUAGCUGAUUAAUUAUUCGAAUGACUAUUAUUGGAUAAAUGAAAAAACACAGUUUUAUUUUGUCACAUCCACAUUUAUUGGACAUUAAUACAGGACUGCAGUUUCGUGUUGAAACCAACACAUCUUCAGCUUCAAUACGCAACUGCAGUCCUGUAUUAAUUUUCAAUAAAUGUGGAUGUGACAAAAUCAAUUCUCAUUCAAGAAAUUUUAUAAUUGAAUAAAUAGAUAAGCAUUUAUAUUAUGUUUCACUCUAUAUAAAAUCAACUACAUUUUAUCAGCUCAUUAUUAUUUUAUUUAUCUAUAAAUUUUCAAACAUUGUGUGAGUGUGUAUAUUACCAAAUUUUAUAUUAGCCUAUUUUCAGUAGUAAAUACUGUAUUCACUUGAACUUUUUGAUUCACCCAUUCUCUUAUGUAAUGCUUCUAGGCUAAAUGUAUUCAUCAUGAUUAUUCAGUACUUAUAAGUAUUUACGUUAUCGAUAAUUAUUCGAAUAGAGAAUUCAACAUAUCAAUUACCAUGAACAGUUUUAGCUUAAUUGUAUUUAAAGUAAUGAAUCUCUAUUUGUAUUUGGUAGGUAGUGUGUUAUAAUAAUGAGCUAUGCUAGGUUAUUAAAGUUUUAAUUAUCUUUCUGAAAUGGAACGUUUCCAACUAUAACGUUUGAAAAUGUAAUAUUUUUCUAUUUUAACGCUAAAAUAUUGCUGUAAAUUUUAGCUAUAUCAUGUUGGUAAUUAAAUUUGAGCAGUGGUAAGUCGAUUGAAAACGACUGAAGAAAACGAUCGAAGAAAUCGUUGAACUGACAAAAAAUUAAUAUUGAAAUCAAUUCAAGAACUUGAAAAAUCAUGAACUAGAGAAAAUCGGAUGUAGUUGAAUGAAGUUAAGACUGCUCUAUAUAAUGAAUGAAUAAUGAAUUUAUUGCCAAAUACAAGAUAGCUCCAUCCCAAUUUUUACCUCUAUUUGUUGAAACCUUUUAAAAUAUACGGUAAUUAUGUCAGAGCUACAUAAUUCUCAAUGAUGUCGUCAUCACAAGUAUUAAUAUUGAAAUAUAUAUCUUACUUACCGCUGUAAAAAUUAUAAAAUUACCAAGUAAUUGUUGAACUUAUUACUAUUUUAUGCAGGAUUCUCAUGCAACAAUCAUAUGAUUAUAAUUAUAUAAUUAUAAUUAAUUAUAUAUAUUAAUUAUGAUUAUAAUUAUAAUUCAUAUGAUUAUCUGCAAAGAUGAUAAAAUUACCAUGUUGUAUAUUGUAUAUUGCGUACCGGUACUUAUGUAAAUAAGGUGAGGACAUCUGAUUAAAUAAAAUACAUAUAUGUUCUGAAGAUGAACUUGUUUACAGUCACCAUAAUUUAUGUUGAUUGUAAUUUUUUCAAUUCCAUUUGAAAUAUAUCUCAAUUAUUCAGAAAAAAUUGUAGCCUAAAAUUCAAUGUUUAUGACUCAUCAUAUUCAUCAUUUUCAUUCGGGAGUAGUAGAUCGUCGAGUUUCAACAUCAUAAUUACUGUAGGUAUUACCUAUGUUAUAAUAAACCCAAAACACAUAUGCAAGAAAAAUUGUUUUAGCCUAGAAAUUUCUUAUGAAUGUGUUACCAUAAAUAGUAGAUAUAUACCAAGUGUACAUAGUAAUUGUAAUGGACUUCAAUGCAAAGAACAUUGAAGGCAGUUUUAUGGGAAUGCUUCAACCAUUUUUAUAAAUAUGAAAAUAAAAUCGAAUGCUAAAA